CACAGUACACUCGCCGGGACGCGGUCUCGCAUCGCCAUUCCAACUCCAACCAUCAAACGGAGAGGACCACCGACCUCCUUCGUCCCCACCGACAGACAAGGAGGAGCUUUGGACAAAUUCAUACGGCGUCGCAUAUAAGAGCGAGGUCCGGUAUGGAGGACAGCACAGUCUUCCACGUCGCCUUGGUGCUGGUGGUCAGCCUGGCCGCGGUCACACAUGCAGCACCAUUUUCCAGUAGUGACCUCCAGCAACGACAGACCGACCUUUCUGCACUCUUCCAUUCAUCUAAAGGAGGUAUGAUCGGCCCUUUGUUCCGCGACGACGAACUCAGUUUGGCUUCAGGUGAUGGAGGUUGCUACUACCAGUUCCAGCACUACGACGAGGGGGACAGGAUUAUCACCAAUGAACCUUGCCUCAACUGUACUUGCCAUAACUCCAUGCUCAUGUGCUACUUGAAGGUAUGUCCAUUCAGCAAGCCCAUCGGACAAGAUUGUACUGUUGAGAAACGACCAGAUCAGUGCUGCCCUGUGAUCACCUGUCCUCAAGUUCCAGUGAAUCUCCAGGUUAUGCAGAUGCCCUCCACAACAACCGCUGCCCCACCUGCCCCAACAACUGCACUGGUCCCUUACACUGAACACGGCUGUACCAUAGAAGGAAAAUACUACCCGGAUGGUGCUCAGGUCCCCGGCGUACCAGGAAAGCCAUGCGAGUUGUGCUAUUGUAUCAGAAACCACACAGCGUGCGUUAUGCAGGAAUGUAUUCUCAUGGUUCAUGGUUGUGACCCCGUUUUUGAAGAUGGAGUUUGUUGCCCAGCUCGAUACAAGUGUGCUCACGACGAAGAGACAGGACUUGCAACCACGACCAUGGUUCCUGCAACCGCCGCCAAUGGAAGUGUCAUACUUCCCACAACCAUAAAACCGAUGCCAGUAGGAUGCAUGCACAAGGGUGAAUUCUAUGAGGACGGUGCCCUAAUUCCGUCAGAAGAUCCAUGCGAACACUGCUAUUGUAUGAAGAGUGAUCUGGUUUGCGCCAUUCAGGAAUGUAUGUCUCCCUUGGAUGAGAUGCAAGAGAGCUGUACUCCUCGGCCGGCUCCUCCUGGCCAGUGCUGUCCUGAGGCUUAUGAUUGCCCUGAACUCCCAGAAAUCACUACGAUCACACUUGAUUAUUCAAGUCUUGCCUCGACUACCGAAAGCAUCACUUCAGCUACUGAUGAAAUUACUGCUGAAAUAAGCACUGAUGCUCCUACUGCUGGAACAGAUGCAGCAUCAACUGACAUUCCCUCAACUGACACUGAUGAAACAGCAAUUGAUGUUCCAGCUGUUGAGACUGAUGUUGAGACUGUUGAUACUGAUGGAACAGCAACUGAUGCCCCUACUACCAACACUGAUGAAUCUACUGAGGUUCCCUCUGUUGAGACUGAUGAAACUUCAGAUUCUCCCGCCGUUGAUAUUGAUGAAACAGCAACAGAUAGUCCUACUGCUGUAGAUGUUGAUGAAACGGCAACUGGUGCCCCUGAUGUAGAUGUUGAUGAAACGGCAACUGGUGCUCCUGAUGUAGAUGUUGAUGAAACGGCAACUGGUGCUCCUGAUGUAGAUGUUGAUGAAACGGCAACUGGAGUUCCUGCUGUGGAUGUUGAUGAAACGGCAACUGGUGCUCCUGAUGUAGAUGUUGAUGAAACGGCAACUGGUGCUCCUGAUGUAGAUAUCGAUGAAACGGCAACUGGUGCUCCUGAUGUAGAUGUUGAUGAAACGGCAACUGGAGUUCCUGCUGUGGAUGUUGAUGAAACGGCAACUGGUGCUCCUGAUGUAGAUGUUGAUGAAACGGCAACUGAUGCUCCUGAUGUAGAUGUUGAUGAAACGGCAACUGGUGCUCCUGAUGUAGAUGUUGAUGAAACGGCAACUGGAGUUCCUGAUGUAGAUAUCGAUGAAACGGCAACUGGUGCUCCUGAUGUAGAUAUCGAUGAAACGGCAACUGGUGCUCCUGCUGUGGAUGUUGAUGAAACGGCAACUGGAGUUCCUGCUGUGGAUGUUGAUGAAACGGCAACUGGUGCUCCUGAUGUAGAUGUUGAUGACACGGCAACUGGUGCUCCUGAUGUAGAUGUUGAUGAAACGGCAACUGGUGCUCCUGAUGUAGAUGUUGAUGAAACGGCAACUGAUGCUCCUGAUGUAGAUGUUGAUGAAACGGCAACUGGUGCUCCUGAUGUAGAUGUUGAUGAAACGGCAACUGGUGCUCCUGAUGUAGAUGUUGAUGAAACGGCAACUGGAGUUCCUGCUGUGGAUGUUGAUGAAACGGCAACUGGUGCUCCUGAUGUAGAUAUCGAUGAAACGGCAACUGGUGUUCCUGAUGUAGAUGUUGAUGAAACGGCAACUGGUGUUCCUGCUGUGGAUGUUGAUGAAACGGCAACUGGUGCUCCUGAUGUAGAUGUUGAUGAAACGGCAACUGGUGCUCCUGAUGUAGAUGUUGAUGAAACGGCAACUGGUGUUCCUGAUGUAGAUAUCGAUGAAACGGCAACUAGUGCUCCUGAUGUAGAUGUUGAUGAAACGUCAACUGGUGCUCCUGAUGUAGAUAUCGAUGAAACGGCAACUAGUGCUCCUGAUGUAGAUGUUGAUGAAACGUCAACUGGUGCUCCUGCUGUGGAUGUUGAUGAAACGGCAACUGGUGCUCCUGAUGUAGAUGUUGAUGAAACGGCAACUGGUGCUCCUUCUGUGGAUGUUGAUGAAACGGCAACUGGUGCUCCUGAUGUAGAUGUUGAUGAAACGGCAACUGGUGCCCCUGAUGUAGAUGUUGAUGAAACGGCAACUGGAGUUCCUGCUGUGGAUGUUGAUGAAACGGCAACUGGUGCUCCUGAUGUAGAUGUUGAUGAAACGGCAACUGGAGUUCCUGCUGUGGAUGUUGAUGAAACGGCAACUGGUGCCCCUGAUGUAGAUGUUGAUGAAACGGCAACUGGUGCUCCUUCUGUGGAUGUAGAUGAAAUAGCAACAGAUAGUCCUACUGCAGUAGAUGUUGAUGAAACAACUGGUGCUCCUUCUGUAAGUGUUGAUGAAUCAGGAACUGAUGCUCCUACUAUUGAAGAUGAUCAAACAACAACAGAUGCUCCCACCGUUGAUAUUGAUGGAACUGCAACUGAAGUUCCUACUAUUGAUACUGGUAUAACCACAGAUGCUCCUACUGCAGAGACAGCCACUGUUGCACCUGAAGAAAGCACUAUGUGUUAUGUCAAUGGUACAAGCUACAGCAAUAACAGUAUUGUCCCUGCGUAUACCCCUUGUCAAGACAGCUGUCGAUGCAUUAAUGGUGCUGUUUCCUGUAAACUAGUGGCUUGCCCACCUGCACCACCAGCAUUCCUCAGAUGCACCUCAGCUCCUGUUGAAGGAGAGUGUUGUCCAAGCCAUACAUGCCCACCAGUCAAUCCAGAUACAACAGAGACCCCUGGAUGCAUCAGUGAUGGUGUUCAAUAUUAUGAUGGAGAAUAUGUGCCUAGUUCUGAUCUAUGUUCAGACUGCUACUGUCUUGAAGGUGAAGUCAUCUGUGCAAUCCUUGAAUGUCCUCAACCCAAGGGACAAAACUGUACUGCAGUAGAACGACCUCUUGGAAGCUGCUGCCCAACAAAAUAUGAAUGUGAUGAAGUUGAUAUGCCCGACUCCUUAAGCCAAGUAACAGAUGCAGAUUCAGAGGGCAAGGUAACUCCAUCUUCCACUUUUACUAUUGAUGUGGACGAAAGUCAUACAGAAGCUACAUCCCAGGCUGGUGAAGAUGUGACAUCUACAAAGGCCCCAGUGGACGGAGCAGUUGAGGAAUCAGUAACUCCAGCUAGCACUGAUGGGGAAGUUCCUGUUGAAAGCACACUCUCAACUGGUUCCCCUGAUGACAUGAUGACUGGUCCAGUGAUAGGACUAGAAACAAGAACAACAGCCCCUGAUGACUACAGUGUUCUUACUACACCCAUGACAAUCAUUACUGAGGAUGUCUCAACUCAAACAGAAAGCCCUGUUGAUCACACUUCUUUUGAUAUCAUAGAUGAAACUACUGUUAUGUUGACUGACACUGAUACAGCAACUACUAGCAUUCCUGAGAUUGAUCUUGCUACUACAGUUAUGGAAACGGCAGACAAAACCACUGGUACCCCUGCAGUUGAAGCUACUUCAGAGGUUCCUAUUGUCAAUGAAACAAUCCCAGUAAAUGAAACAGCUACUGAAUCCCCAGAACUUGAAAGGCCCGUGACUGGUGUUCCUAUAACUGACAAGCCGGUCACUGAUAUUCCCACUGUUGCAUCAGCUACUGAUGUUCCUGAGGAUAAGGAACCAGCCACAGAGACACCAGGUGAUCAAAUUGCCACUGAUGUACCUACACUAGGUGAGGUAACAACAGAUGUUGAUGAGACAACUACAAGUAUUCCUGACACAGAUGGAACAGAUAUGGUUACAGAUAUCCCAGAGGAGGUGAUUUCAACAGUCAGUCUUCCUGAUAAAGAAGGUAUUCCAGGUGAGGGAAGUUGUAUGGCUAAUGGAACUACUUAUGCAAAUGGAGACACAGUGCCAGCUUCAAGGCCAUGCCACCAAUCAUGUACCUGCAAAAACAGUAUAGUGUCAUGUGAGCUGCAAGCCUGUCCUCCCCCGCCUCCAGCAUUCUUGCGUUGUGCUCCUGUGGAAGAUCCAGAGCAGUGUUGUCCUUCUUAUGACUGUCCUACCGUAGAACCCGAUACCACAGAAUACCCAGGAUGCUUGAGAGAUGGAAUACAAUACCUGGAAGGAGAAUAUGUUCCGAGUCCAGACAUUUGUACUGACUGUUAUUGUCUCAGUGGGGAAAUUAUUUGUGCAGUCCUUGAGUGCCCAACGCCUGCUGGUGCAAAUUGCAAACCAAUGUCUAGAGCAACAGACAGUUGCUGUCCUUCAAAAUAUGAGUGUGAUGACUUGGAAACAGGCACUGAUGCAGCCAGUCAAACAGCUACUGAAGGUCCAGUUGUAGUCAAUCAGACAGCUACUGAUGCCCCAGUUGAUAUCAGUAUAAUGGCUACUUAUGCCCCAGUAGAUCAGACAGCUACUGAAGCUCCAGUUGAUGAGACAGCUACUGAUGCUCCAGUUGAUGAGACAGCUACUGAUGCCCCAGUUGAUCAGACAGCUACUGAUGCCCCAGUUGUAGUUGAUCAGACAGUUGAUGAGACAGCUACUGAUGCCCCAGUUGAUCAGACAGCUACUGAUGCCCCAGUUGAUGAGACAGCUACUGAUGCCCCAGUUGUAGUUGAUCAGACAGUUGAUGAGACAGCUACUGAUGCCCCAGUUGUAGUUGAUCAGACAGUUGAUGAGACAGCUACUGAUGGCCCAGUUGAUCAGACAGCUACUGAUGCCCCAGUUGAUCAGACAGCUACAGAUGCCCCAGUCGAUCAGACAGGUACUGAUGCCCCAGUUGUAGUUGAUCAGACAGUUGAUGAGACAGCUACUGAUGCCCCAGUUGAUCAGACAGCUACUGAUGCCCCAGUUGAUCAGACAGCUACUGAUUCCCCAGUUGAUGAGACAGCUACUGAUGCCCCAGUUGAUGAGACAGCUACUGAUGCUCCAGUUGAUCAGACAGCUACUGAUGCCCCAGUUGAUGAGACAGCUACUGAUGCCCCAGUUGAUGAGACAGCUACUGAUACUCCAGUUGAUCAGACAGCUACUGAUGCCCCAGUUGAUGAGACAGCUACUGAUGCCCCAGUUGAUGAGACAGCUACUGAUACCUCAGUUGAUGAGACAGCUACUGAUACCCCAGUUGAUCAGACAGCUACUGAUGCCCCAGUUGAUGAGACAGCUACUGAUACCCCAGUUGAUGAGACAGCUACUGAUACCCCAGUUGAUGAGACAGCUACUGAUGCCCCAGUUGAUGAGACAGCUACUGAUACCCAAGUUGAUGAGACAGCUACUGAUGCCCCAGUUGAUGAGACAGCUACUGAUGCUCCAGUUGAUCAGACAGCUACUGAUGCCCCAGUUGAUGAGACAGCUACUGAUGCCCCAGUUGUAGUUGAUCAGACAGCUACUGAUGCCCCAAUCGAUCAGACAGCUACUGAUGCCCCAGUUGUAGUUGAUCAGACAGCCACCGAUGUCCCAGUUGAUGAGACAGCUACUGAUGCCCCAGUCGAUCAGACAGCUACUGAUGCCCCAGUUGAUCAGACAGCUACUGAUGCCCCAGUUGAUGAGACAGCUACUGAUGCCCCAGUCGAUCAGACAGCUACUGAUGCCCCAGUUAUAGUUGAUCAGACAGUUGAUGAGACAGCUACUGAUGCUCCAGUCGAUCAGACAGCUACUGAUGCCCCAGUUGUAGUUGAUGAGACAGCUACUGAUGCCCCAGUCGAUCAGACAGCUACUGAUGCCCCAGUCGAUCAGACAGCCACCGAUGUCCCAGUUGAUGAGACAGCUACUGAUGCCCCAGUUGUAGUUGAUCAGACAGCUACUGAUGCCCCAGUUGAUCAGAUAGCUACUGAUGCCCCAGUCGAUCAGACAGCUACUGAUGGCCCAGUUGUAGUUGAUCAGACAGUUGAUCAGACAGCUACUGAUGCCCCAGUUGUAGUUGAUGAGACAGCUACUGAUGCCCCAGUUGAUGAGACAGCUACUGAUGCCCCAGUGGAUGAGACAGCUACUGAUGCCCCAGUCGAUCAGACAGCUACUGAUGCCCCAGUUGUAGUUGAUCAGAUAGUUGAUGAGACAGCUACUGAUGCCCCAGUUGAUCAGACAGCUACUGAUGUUCCAGUUGAUGAGACAGCUACUGAUGCCCCAGUUGUAGUUGAGCAGACAGCUACUGAUGCCCCAGUUGUAGUUGAGCAGACAGCUACUGAUGCCCCAGUUGUAGUUGAUCAGACAGUUGAUCAGACAGCUACUGAUGCCCCAGUUGAUCAGACAGCUACUGAUGCCCCAGUUGUAGUUGAUCAGACAGUUGAUGAGACAGCUACUGAUGCCCCGGUUGAUCAGACAGCUACUGAUGCCCCAGUUGUAGUUGAUCAGAUAGCUACUGAUGCCCCAGAUGAUCAGACAGCUACUGAUGCCCCAGUCGAUCAGACAGCUACUGAUGCCCCAGUUGUAGUUGAUCAGACAGUUGAUGAGACAGCUACUGAUGCCCCAGUUGAUGAGACAGCUACUGAUGCCCCAGUUGAUGAGACAGCUACUGAUGCCCCAGUUGUAGUUGAUCAGACAGUUACCGAUGUCCCAGUUGAUGAGACAGCUACUGAUGCUCCAGUUGACCAGACAGCUACUGAUGCCCCAGUUGAUCAGACAGCUACUAAUGCUCCAGUUGAUGAGACAGCUACUGAUGCUCCAGUUGAUCAGACAGCUACUGAUGCCCCAGUUAUUUCCAUUACAACAGAAAGUGAUAAGGAAGGAGCUGUUGAUUUGCCGGAGAACUGUGUGGUUCAAGGUUCUAUGUAUUAUGAUGGUUCCAUUGUUCCUGCAUCUUCUGUAUGCCAAGAAAAUUGCAGAUGUACCAAUGGAACUGUUAUGUGUGAACGUCCAUCCUGCCCCCCUGCACCUCCUACUUUCCUCAGGUGUUCUCCCAUCCCUCCUGAAGAUAGUUGCUGUCCAACAUAUGACUGUCCUCCCAUCGUAGACCCUACAGUCACGGAGGCACCUCACUGUGAAAAAGAUGGCUCAGUAUACAAUGAUGGUGAUUAUGUACCUAGCCCAAGCGAAUGUACAGACUGUUAUUGUCUAGGAGGCGAAAUUAUUUGUGCCUAUUUGGAAUGUGUUGCACCUGGAGAUAAUUGUACACCUGUUUCACAGUUGAAUAACUCUUGUUGCCCCGACAAAUAUGAAUGUGCUGAUGUGCCUGAUAGCUUAGUGUCUACAACUAUCUCACCUGUUGGAGCUUCUGCUACAGAUGUAGCCAAUGGAACUAGCCAAAGUACUGUAAUACCUGAGAUGAUUUCCACUAUCACCACUGUGGCCCCAGAGACCGAAUUUAAACCAUCAAGUACCAUCCCAUCUGUUGCUACUGACGAGCCAGAAACUGAGUCUACUGAUGCUCCAGUUACCACAAGUCCUGAGGGUAUAGAGAUCUCCUUCCCCACGGACAGGGUAACCACUGUUGCUGAUGCAGUCAGCUCUGUCAUUACAGAGGCUUCCAUUGCUACAGAUGGUUUAGAAACCGAGUCACCUGGCUUCACUAUCUCCUCCUUUGUAACCGAAGCAACAUCUGAGGGUGUAGUAUCUGAUGUAACUGAACCAUCUGUAACCCCAAGUGCUACCAGUACAUCAAGCUUAGAUAAUACUUCCACCACAGAAUCAGUUCCCAGCUCUGCUGAACCUAUGCUAACUGAAGCUUCAGUUGCCACUGAAGAACCAGAGACUGAAGCUACAAUUGGCAUUAUUGUUGAUAUUACAAGUUCCCCUGCAGUUGCAUCUUCAUCAGUCACAGAGGAACCAUCAGCCACAGAAUCACCCCUUACAGAACCCACUGAUUCUGGCUAUGCCACUGAGGCAACUAUUUCUGUGACAGAAUCUACCUCUGUUACUGAUUCUGAUGUACAAAUAAGUACAGAGAAGCCUGGAGUUACUGACAGCAUUGAAGGUCAAGUGACAACUAAAUCAACAGAAUCUACACCAGAAUAUCCAGGGUCUCCUGCAACAACUUCACCAGAGAUUCCAGUUUCAACAGAAGUAUCAUCACAAACUGCAUCAGAAGUACCAACAGAAGUAACAGAUAUUCCAGUUUCCACAUCCACAUUAACAUCAACAGAAGUUCCAAUCUCAACUGAGUCAGUCGUACCACAGGUGACUACAGAAGUAUCAGCAACAACAGGAGCAGCUGGAGAAACCUCAGUAUCAACUGAAACAGCAUCAACAGUUGCUUCUGCGUCACCUGAGUUAACUGAAGCCCCAUUCCCCCCCUUCCCUGGUACAUCUUCUGUCUUCCCUAAGCCAGAAACCACUACCUGGAAACCAACAACUACCACGGAGCUUAUUAUCGGCCCAGGAGCUUGUGUCUUUGACGGUGAAGUAUACCUCUCUGCACAACAAAUCCCACGAGAUGACCCAUGUGACUUUUGUUUCUGCUUCCGUGGAGACAUCAUCUGCUUGCAACAGUCAUGUCCUCCACCCAUCCCUGGGUGUUAUGAAGAAGCAAUACCUGGAUUCUGCUGCCCACGUUAUGAGUGUCCAGUCACACAGGCAGUGGUUAAUAUUACUACUACUACCACACCUAUUCCUACUUAUCCACCUGUCCAGAAGGUGGAAGAGUUCACUGUGUGCGAAAUUGGUGGUCGUUUCUACCAUCCUGGUGAGCUCGUAGAAGAAGCUUCUGGACCUUGUCUUGAGUGCAGGUGCGGAAAGGACGGCAUGAUGGAAUGCGAGCCCCGUGAGUGCCGAGCAGAACCUAUGCUUCGUAAAAUCUUGGGCACAAAGGGCAACUUAUAUAGUCGGUGAAGUCCCUAAAUCGAAGUGGCUUCCCGCUCUCAUGUCUACUACAUUCACCCUAUCCACGAGCGGUGACUCAGGAUUCACUCUGAAACACGUCGCUUGUGCUUCCUUGCUUGGCUCUGUGUCUUUAUACACUGAGUAUGGGAAAUGGCAUUAAACCAAUAUGUCGCAUGGUUAAUAUGACGUUGUUUCCAUAGGAGUGAACGUGCCCAGUUUCUAUCAUAAGUAAUUCCCAUUUCUUUGAUCCCUUCCUUUAGCACUUAGGGUAGCUCUCCGUGACCAUAACGCUCAAACAGCAAGUCUGUGUUAAUAAAAAGAAGUGCGAGUCCUGAAUGAGGAGAGAUAAGUUAGUGUAACGGUAGUGCCAAUGUGUUCUGUAAGUGUCCCCUGUGUGUUGUAUGUGCCACAUCAGGUGCUUUUCUAUCAGAACAGCUUAGUCAGUAUUAUUCGGCAUACAGUAUUUUCAAUUAGUAUUUAUCUACUUUAGUCUCAUUUCAUAUAGCUCUCCUGUAUAUUUUUCGAUGGCAUUGACGCUCAUCUAUGUGGCAUUAUUCCAAUUCAUUUCUUGGUGGCAUUGAUAACACACAGACUUCUAGUUGGACUGAUACAUGCUUUAUAGAGUCGACGAGUUAGAGGUUAGGAAGCUUAUUUUCAUGUGAUUGUGCCUAUUCAGAUGCAUUCCUCCCUUGUUCAGUUAAAUGAACAGGGUCUUGAAAUCUGUUUAAAACCUUUCAGUAAUCUCAACAUUUCCUUACAGUAAUGCAAAGUAUUUAACAUACUAAUUAUGCUUCGAGAAUGAUCAAAUAAUAUGGAGAGAAAUAAUACGCUUGCUACUUCACAUGUAAGAAACAUAUUGCAAAGAAUACUAACAUUAUAGGUUACUCCCGUCGACUGCUUUACAUAUCAGGAGAGUAAUUGUCAAUGAACUCCCUGGCUUGCUAGAACUGGCUUCCUUAAACAUUAACAUUCUGUGAAGCUAACUAGGCUUGAUAUGAUAAAAUAGUAUAGAUUACCCUUUGGGCAUUAAAGUGAAAUUAUCUCAUAAAACCGGUGUGAUAAUUGGCAUUAGAUUUAGCUUGGAGCAGGAGUAACUUGCCUUUUAAAAGACUUGGUUACACGAAAAUUUGUGCGAUAACGGCCGGUAAUCCAACAAUGCACAUUAAAUGGAUCAUGUUAGCUUUAACAGACAAUUAUCGGCAGCUGGUGAUUAAAAUGUAUUUACUAUGGAAUACUGACAUGCUGUGUGUGCUACCAAAUCUGCCGUAGCAAGUACUUUUAGGUACUAGCUAGAGAGUACUAUCCAGAGUAAUUUAUUCAUAUCAUGCAGUUUAUUUGAAUGCACAAUCAGAAACCACUGUACUCUGGUGAUUGCUGAAAGUUGCACCCUUGUGGAUUUUUUAUAGCAUCUCGCUAACUCGUUUAAAUUGGUCCUUUUCUGUAAUAGGUGCCAAACCACUCUGUCAAUAUGCCUUAGUCAAGGCGGCCAAAUACUUGAACUGCACUAAAAAAAAAAUAUUUUUUCUUCCUUUUUCGUAUACUGUAUACGCAAAUGUGAUAUAAAACACCGUAGUAGAUCCUAAAUAUGAAAGUUAGAACAGCUAGAUAUGAAAUUCGUAGACCAGUAAAUUGCAAUAUAACCAUCUUCUUUUCUGGUAACAUUGUAAAAUACAUAUACUGGCAUAUAUAUACAUAUAUAAAUUUGCAGGCAUAUUAUAUAUAUACAUAUAUAUACAUAUAUAUAAAUAUAUGUAUACAUAUAUAUACACAUAUAUGUAUACAUGCAUAUACAUAUAUAUAUUUAUAUAUACAUAUAUACAUAUAUAUUUAUAUAUAUACAUAUACAUAUAUAUACAUAUAUAUUUAUAUGUAUAUAUAUAUAUAUAUAUAUACACACGAACAUAGACGUUACUAACACAAUAUAUGAUUAAAUGGCUGCACCUGUUGUGCAGAUUAGUUUUCAAAUGGACUAUUCAUGAGUGAAAGAAAUGACCCCAAUCUAGUGCCUUUCAAGAUUUCUGCCAUGUCACCUUGGAUAUCACUUGCCUGAGAUUUCUGAGCUCGACUGCAAGGAAUGAUUUGCCGGUGAUUGCCAGGGUGUUGCGCCUAUGGGAAUAAGGCUGGCAUGUGUAAUAUUAUAGACAUUAGAGCCUUUCCAUGGACACGGCUGCCAGAGCAAGUCUCUGAUAUCAGGACGUCUCCAUAGUUAAAUCCACCAACGGAUCUAAAUCUGAAUGUUAGAUGUUUUGGUAAUAUUUACUAAAAAGAAUAUGUAACUCUUUGGCAGGACUAAUAUUUUUCUUCCCUUACUUAGUAGUAACACAAUCAUUAUCAUCACACUGACAUUCAGAUAUAUCCGUCCCAUUCCUCUCGGUGGAUUUUGAAGCAUGUAUGUGUUACGUGCACUCAACUAGAUUUUAGAUUAGAACUGCCAUGGUCAAGUCACUGCCGUGGAUUAUACACCUGCAGUGACUAUGGUAUUGCGCAGUUCAGUGUCCAAGAAACAGUAUUCUUGAAAAUGUGAUUAUAUUUAAGCACAUUUGUAUUAUUUAUUGUGAGGUAGCAUUCCUCUAUGCAUUUACGAUUAGACUUUUUUUUUUAUUGCCUGUACAGCUAUUUCAUCUGUAGUGAAGAAUAUUGUACCCAAUCUAAGCUUUUUUAUUUGUAUAAAAUGUGAAUAAACAAAGAAAGCCAA